GAUAUACAUAGUCGUAUAGUUUCAGUCAGUUUAAGAAGCUUCACGUGUUUAUAUAUACAUAGAUUUUUUUCUUCAAAUAAUUAGAUAUCAUAAAAGGCCGUUAUAAGAAUUGAAGUAAUGAAAUAAACAUAUUUUUUCGUGUUACAAAGUAGAGUGAAACGAAACAACGCGUAUACGCACUCACAUAAGAAAACGAAAAAAAAAAAACUAAUCGAGCUUAUUUGUCAUACUCCAAGUUAAAUAUUAUUUAUCUUUUCUCGUUAUGUACUAUUUAUAAAUUUUCACAGUAAAAAAUAAUGGCUGGAGUAUUCGAUAUUGAAUUGCACGAAGGUGAUAACGUAAAUCAUGAUGAAUCUGAUGACGAUGUUAUUGAAACCAGAGAGGAAGAAUAUAGUCAUGCUUCUAAUGUAGAUACAAUGUUGGAAUCUGAUAAUUUGGAAAGAGUACAAUUGUCAGAACAAAAUGUUAAUCCUGGGCAAGAGAAAACUGGCCCUCAGGAUUUUGAAUUGUGUAAAAUCCUUGGCGAAGGAGGAUAUGGAAAAGUUUUCCAAGUUAGGAAAGUUACGGGUAAAGAUAAAGGCAGCAUCUUUGCUAUGAAAGUAUUACGUAAGGCAUCUAUUAUAAGAAAUCAAAAAGAUACAGCUCAUACUAAGGCAGAGAGAAAUAUAUUAGAAGCUGUCAAGCAUCCAUUCAUUGUUAAUUUAAUGUAUGCCUUUCAAACUGGAGGUAAAUUAUAUUUAAUUUUGGAAUAUUUAUGCGGUGGAGAACUUUUUACAUAUUUGGAUCGAGAAGGCAUUUUUUUAGAAGAUACAGCAUGUUUUUAUUUAUCCGAGAUCAUACUUGCCCUGCAACAUCUUCAUAAUCAAGGAAUUAUAUAUAGAGAUUUAAAACCAGAAAAUAUUUUAUUAGAUGGGGAAGGUCAUGUAAAAUUAACAGAUUUUGGCCUUUGUAAAGAACAUAUACAAGAUGGUACAGUAACUCAUACAUUCUGUGGAACCAUAGAAUACAUGGCUCCUGAGAUUUUGACCAGAAGUGGGCAUGGAAAAGCUGUUGAUUGGUGGAGUUUAGGUGCUUUAAUGUUUGAUAUGCUCACAGGAAUGCCUCCAUUCACCGGUGAUGAUAGAAGAAAAACAAUUGAGAAAAUAUUAAGAGGAAAAUUAUGUCUUCCACAGUAUCUUACACCCGAUGCAAGAGAUCUGAUUCGUAAACUGUUAAAGAGGCAAGUUGGUCAAAGAUUAGGAUCUGGACCUGAAGAUGCAGAGCAAAUAAUUAAUCAUAAUUUUUUUAAACACAUUAGUUGGGAAGAUGUUAUUUCACGUAAAUUGGAACCUCCUUUUAAGCCAUCGCUGAAAAGUGCAGAUGAUACAUCUCAAUUUGAUGAACAAUUCACCGCAACCAUUCCGGUAGAUUCACCUGUUGAAAGCACUUUAAGUGAAUCCGCAAAUAUGAUAUUUCAAGGUUUCACAUAUGUAGCACCAAGCGUCUUAGAGGAAAUGUAUACACAACCAAGAGUUAUAAAUGCCAGAAGUCCACGCAGAGAACUUUUAAGUACUGGUUUUAGUGGAAGUCUUCACAGUCUAUCACCAAGGACUCCAGAAACGCACCUUCAUACGCCUUCUCAGUUUCAUCAACUUAGGCAUCAUAUAGUAGGGCACAAUAACAUAGAAGAUACUGAAAUGAUGGACGUUGGUCGACUACCAAAUCAUUUAUAGUGGCCAGUGUUUAAUAAUGCUAACUUAUAAGACAUUAUUGAACUUCCAAAAUUAUAUUGCAGAAUUAAUGUUUCUGCUAUGAAAAAUUGGUUAUGCAAUAAUGCUAUAAUGGUCCAACAUGCACAUUUAGCUAAUUUUUCAGUUUCUAUAAAUAUAUAUAUAUACAUUCUGUCAUAUAUAUAAAUAUAUAUGUAUAUAUAUAUGUGACAGAAACUUAUGGUAAAAUAUUAACUUUUUGCUACAGAAGCAGUAAUGUUAAUUAUAUGUUGCUUUCAUAGAACAUAUAAUUACUGAAAUGAUGAAAUAUAAAUUUGAAGUAUAUACAUAAUAAUGAAAUAUGUAUUUUACAUAUCACCAUAUGUUGGUUUUUCGAUUAUUCUUCAUUUUAAUUAGGAAUAAUAAUAUAUGUUUAUAUACAUGAAACUAAAUAUGAUGAAAUUUCAAUAAAAGCUAUUCUAAUUAACAUAAAUAUAAAGAACAAAAACCCAAACCAAGAUAAAUACAAAUCAACAAAAUUAAGAAUCUCCUUCUCUGUAACAAUUUAUAUAUCUAAAUUAGAUGUUAGAUUAUUACCAAUAAUAGCCCUUAAAACCAAUGUUUAACGAGUAAAAGCAUGUUUUAAUAUACAUCAAAUCAAUAUUUCAUCGAGUUAUAAUAAAAUAUAAACUUAAUGCUAUAAAAAAUAUCAACGCUAAUUAUGCUUAAUAAUUUCAUAAAAUAUUGUAAAACAGGAGUUCUGCAUCGUAUGUUUUAUGUAGCUGCUCAGUGGAUACAGUUCUGUGAAAUAUGAGAUAAUAAUGUCGUUAGUUAAUGAUACAAUAAUUAUGAACAAAUUAAUUACUAUUCAAACAGAAUUUUAACUGCCCAAUAUUCAUAGUUGUUGUUCUCAGGUAGUGUUACAGUUUGAUAUUUAUACUUUAUUCUAUUUAAAAGUAAGAAAACGGGAAAAAUGGACAGAAAGAAAAUGAAAAAA